AUGCUCUCUAUUUAUGCUCUUCAAAUCUUUUUCGUAGGAAUGGCGGCCUUCAGUUACGAUACGCAGGAGGAGGACCCUUACGAUGACGAUUAUUUGCUAUGCUUUGGACUGUUUUCCAUCACAACUGCGGCCAAAUUCUUCUCGUGUUAUUUUUUCGUGAUAUGUCUAUUGGUAUCAGGACUCAACUUUCUCGCCUUCGGAUUCGAUCACACAUGGUAUUUUUUUUACAUAUCCUCUAUGAUGGUUUUUCAAAGAAGAAGGCGAUUGAAAGCACGGCAGUUCCAC